AACCCAUACUCCAAAAGUGAUGGUUUUGCAAUUGUGAAAGUAUAAAACCCUAAAAAACCCUAGACCCAUAAAACCACUUUCACUUGCCUCCCUUCAUCUCUUUCGCUACUCCAUUUUCAGAGAAACCCAAAACUCAAUCCAAAAUGCCUUUCAAGAGAUACGUUGAGAUCGGAAGAGUUGCUCUUGUUAACUACGGAAAAGAAUAUGGCCGACUUGUCGUCAUUGUCGAUGUUCUUGAUCAGAACAGAGUUCUAGUUGAUGCACCUGAUAUGGUCAGGGGUCAAAUGAACUUGAAGAGGCUCUCUUUGACUGAUAUUAAGGUUGAGAUUGAGAAGUCGCCAAAGAAGAAAGCCUUGGUUGAAGCUAUGGAGGCUGCGGAUGUUAAGAACAAGUGGGAGAACAGUUCAUGGGGUAGGAAGUUGAUCGUCCAGAAGAGAAGAGCUGGUCUUAACGACUUUGACAGAUUCAAGAUCAUGUUGGCCAAGAUUAAGAAAGCUGGCUCAGUUAGGCAGGAGCUUGCAAAGUUGAAGAAAGCAGCUGCAUAAAAUGUUAGGAAUCAAGAUUUUGUUAUCUCUGGUUCAUUGCGUUUUGAUAUUUAAGAUUUAGAAAAUUUUGAUCGACUUUAUAUUUUGUGAAGUACCUACUUGAUAGCAAUGUCAUUUCAUUUCUUCUGUCUUGGUUUUGUAACGAAUACUUUUUGCCUGAGUAAUGAACUUAGAAAUCUGCUGUUUGGAAGAGUUUCUAGAA